CGAAGGCAGAAGCAGCAGCAUUCCACAUCAUCGUGUCACCCAAGCAUGGCCUCGGCUGCGGCGCCGACGCCGAUGCUGCCGCCGAUCCGGCGCUACGUGCGCGCGAACAGCGACCUCGCCCAGCGCAUGUACUUUGUCCGGCGCAAGCACGUCCAGUUCUCGACCGUCACCACGUUCGAGUUCAAAGUCGACUAUGGCGGCAGCGCCGUGCCGACCGAGACGGGCCCGCCGAUAGGCCUCGCGCGGCGCCACUGGCGCGCGAAGACGACCGCCGUCGCCAACGCCACGGGCGUCGUGCGCAAGUUUGACCACUUUGAACGCAUCCAGCUGCUCAAGCAGGCCAAGUACGACGUCAAGGACAUUGCUGCGUUUUGCCUCGACGCCGUCGCCGCGCGCGCCGCCCGCAUGGAGACGCGCGCCGAGCUGCUUCAAGAACGAUCGCGGAAGCGGCCAAUCGACCGAAUCAUGCUUGGCAACGACGACGAGGAAGAGGACAUGAAGCCGCCGCAACGACUGCGACCCAACAACGAGCCCCUUCUCAUCUAACUUCUUAACUUAUUCUUCUUGACG